ACUUUUUGGAUUUUCCUUUCCUCCUCCAUUCAUCCGCACCGCGCACCUCGUCCACAGCCAUCAUGGUGCUUGAUUUAGACCUGUUUCGCACCGACAAAGGCGGUGAUCCUGAAAUCGUCCGGGAAACCCAGAGGAAACGUUUCAAAGAUGUGUCUCUGGUGGAUAAACUGGUCCAGGCGGACACAGAAUGGAGAAAAUGUCGCUUCACAGCCGAUAACCUUAACAAGGCCAAGAAUCUCUGCAGCAAAUCCAUCGGUGAAAAGAUGAAGAAGAAAGAGCCAGUUGGGGAUGAUGAAACUCUUCCAGAGGAGGCUCAAAAUCUGGAAGCCCUUACUGCAGAAACGUUAUCGCCACUCACUGUGACCCAGAUAAAGAAGGUGCGGGUCCUGGUGGACGAGGCUGUGCAGAAGACAGACAGUGACCGGCUGAAGCUGGAGGCAGAGCGCUUUGAGUACCUGCGAGAGAUCGGCAACCUCCUGCAUCCCUCUGUGCCCAUCAGCAAUGAUGAGGAUGCUGAUAAUAAGGUGGAGCGCACCUGGGGUGACUGCACGGGGCAGAAGAAAUACUCUCAUGUGGAUCUGGUCGUCAUGGUUGAUGGAUACGAGGGGGAAAAAGGAGCCAUCGUUGCUGGAAGCAGAGGAUACUUUCUCAAGGGGCCUUUAGUGUUCUUGGAGCAAGCUUUAAUUAACUAUGCGCUGCGGAUCCUGUACAGCAAGAACUACAACCUCCUGUACACACCCUUCUUCAUGAGGAAAGAGGUCAUGCAGGAGGUCGCUCAGCUCAGCCAGUUUGACGAGGAGCUCUACAAGGUGAUCGGGAAAGGAAGUGAGAAGUCUGAUGAUAAUACAGUGGAUGAGAAGUACUUGAUUGCCACAUCAGAGCAGCCAAUCGCAGCCUUCCUGAGAGAUGAGUGGCUGAAACCAGAAGAACUUCCUAUCCGCUACGCUGGCCUCUCCACCUGCUUCAGACAGGAAGUGGGCUCUCAUGGCAGAGACACGCGUGGGAUCUUCAGGGUCCAUCAGUUUGAGAAGAUUGAGCAGUUUGUGUACGCCUCUCCUCAUGAUGGCAAAUCCUGGGAGAUGUUCGAUGAAAUGAUUGGAACAGCUGAAUCCUUUUAUCAAACAUUAGGAAUUCCUUAUCGAAUUGUCAACAUCGUGUCAGGUGCUUUGAACCAUGCAGCUAGUAAAAAGCUGGAUUUAGAGGCUUGGUUUCCUGGUUCUCAGGCUUUUAGAGAGCUUGUGUCAUGCUCAAACUGCACAGACUACCAGGCUCGCCGCUUGCGGAUUCGAUACGGGCAGACUAAGAAAAUGAUGGACAAGGUACCUCUCUGUUCUGAGUGUAGAAGUGGUGGAUACUAUACGUUUAUGGUUUCAGGUUGGUUUGACUGUUGUAUCUGUUUUUUUUUUUUAUUACAGGCUGAGUUUGUGCACAUGCUCAAUGCCACCAUGUGUGCGACCACUCGCGUCAUAUGUGCCAUCCUGGAGAACUUCCAAACAGAGGAAGGCAUCAUUGUUCCAGAACCCCUCAAGGCAUUCAUGCCUCCAGGUUUAACAGAAAUAAUCAAGUUUGUGAAGCCAGCCCCCAUUGACCAGGAAACAACAAAGAAGCAGAAGAAACAGCAGGAGGGAGGAAAGAAGAAGAAACAUCAGGGCGGCGAUGCUGAUCUAGAGAACAAAGUGGAAAACAUGUCAGUCAAUGACUCUUAGACACGCCCCCCACAGUCUCAUCCAAUCAUAUUGGUUCACAGGCUCUUCAUUUCAUGUUGCCCAAUCACAAUCACUGUCCCCUGGAGCUCUCACGUUUUCAUCCGGGACAGACCUACUGGAACUAAAGGUGAUGCUGUCAUGCUAAUAAUCUUAUCUUGUAUCAACAAAUCAUUUUCAUACCAAGGGGUCUUUAGAAAUAUUAAAUUAAAAUGCAUGGUGUUGUGACAAGACAUUUAGCCAUUAGACUGAAUUGCUUUUACAGCACUUUAUUUUCCUGAAAGACACUGCAUUUCAAGCCUGCCAAUGAAUUAAAGGGAACAUAACAGUCAGUACUGGGAUUAGAGGUGAGAGUUUUAGGACAUUCUGGAAAUCGGUUAUGCAUAACGGAAAGACAUCUUUCAGUAUCCUGUCUUAUAAUUAACAUUUGUGCUAUAUUUAAAGUAAAGGUAAUCAUUGAUUACUGUGCACUUAACAUUCACAACAGCAGAAUGCAGCUUUCCAUCAUCUACGUCCGUCUUUCCUUCAUAGAAUUAUUUCUUCUCGUGAUUUGUCUGUAAAAGAGGGAAUGUUAUUAUAUGUACAGUACUUACUUAAGAUGCCUUGCGUGAGGAGGAGGAUGGCAUUUGAGAAUAAAUCAAUACCUGAAGGAGUA